UGUUGAAGGGGAGAGCUCCAGACCUUGGGCAGCAAAGGGUGGGGCUUGUGCGGUUUCUAUUCCUUGACUGGCAGCUCAGGGGCCCACCUGCUUGGACAUUCCGGGAAGUGAUGUGGGCAGGGCUGACAGGGUGAGCCACAGGUGCCAGCAUUCUGAUUGCAUAAAAGGCUAGAGGUUGUUGGUGGCAGGGCAAGGGAAUGCAGCCUGGUCUGGGUCUGCAGUUUCUGGUUGGACACUGAGCCAAGCGGACACACAGCACAGGCUGGGGAAGGCCAUUCUGUCUCCAGCCGCAGCCUCUCUCCUGCCUUCUGUGACCAUGUGGAGCAAUCUCAGCCCUUGGCUCUGCCUGGUACCCUUGGUCCUGCACCUCUUGUCUGGAGGUGUGGGUGCGACACCAUUGCCGGUGCCUGAGCCCCACAGCCCCUGCUCUCUGGAGGGAGUAGAGAUCAAAGGUGGCUCCUUCCGGCUUCUCAAGGAGGGCCAGGCACUGGAGUACGUGUGUCCGUCUGGCUUCUACCCAUACCCUGUGCAGCUUCGCAUCUGCAGAUCCACAGGGUCCUGGAGCACCCUGAGGACCCAAGACCAAAAGAUUGUCAAAAAGGCAGAAUGCAGAGCAAUUCGUUGCCCAAGACCACAGGACUUUGAGAAUGGGGAGUACUGGCCCCGGGCUCCCUACUACAAUGUGAGUGAUGAGAUCUCUUUCCACUGCUAUGAUGGUUACAUUCUCCGGGGUUCUGCCAACCGCAGCUGCCAAGCAACUGGUCGGUGGGAUGGGCAAACAGCCAUCUGUGACAAUGGAGCGGGGUCCUGCCCCAACCCAGGCAUCCCCAUUGGCACAAGGAAGGUGGGCAGCCAGUACCGCCUUGAAGACAGUGUCACCUACUACUGUAGCCGGGGGCUCACCCUACGUGGCUCCCAGCGGCGAACAUGCCAGGAAGGUGGCUCUUGGAGUGGAACAGAGCCUUCUUGCCAAGACUCCUUUAUGUACGAUACCCCUGGAGAGGUGGCCGAAGCCUUCCUGUCUUCCCUGACAGAGACAAUAGAAGGAGUCGAUGCUGAGGACGGGCACAGACCAGGGGAACAACAGAAGAGGAAGAUCGUCCUGGAUCCCUCGGGCUCCAUGAACAUCUAUCUUGUGCUGGAUGGAUCAGACAGUAUUGGGGCACGCAACUUCACAGGGGCCAAGAACUGUCUUAGAGACUUCAUUGAGAAGGUGGCAAGUUAUGGAGUGAAGCCAAAAUAUGGUCUAGUGACAUAUGCCACAGACACCAACAUUUUGAUCAGAGUGUCCCAAGCAGAGAGCAGCAAUGCAGACUGGGUCACAGAGAAGCUCAACAAAAUCAGCUAUGAAGAUCACAAGUUGAAGAUGGGAACUAACACCAAGAAGGCCCUCCAGGCCGUGUACAGCAUGAUGAGCUGGGAAGGGAACAGCCCCCCGGAAGGCUGGAACCGCACCCGCCAUGUCAUCAUUCUCAUGACUGACGGCUUGCACAACAUGGGUGGGGAUCCAGUCCCUGUCAUUCACGAUAUCCGGGCCUUGCUGGACAUUGGUAGGGAUCGCAAAAACCCAAGGGAAGAGUACCUGGACAUCUAUGUGUUUGGUGUUGGGCCUCUGGUGAACCAAGAGAACAUCAAUGCUUUGGCUUCCAAGAAAGAUAAAGAGAAACAUGUGUUCAAAGUCAAGGACAUGGAAAACCUGCAAGAUGUUUUCUUCCAAAUGCUUGAUGAAAGCCGGACUCUGGGUCUCUGUGGCAUGGUUUGGGAGCACAAGGAGAGCAGUGAUUACCACAGGCAACCGUGGCAGGCCAAGAUCUCCGUCACUCGCCCUUCGAAGGGACACGAGAACUGCAUGGGGGCCGUGGUGUCGGAGUACUUUGUGCUGACGGCGGCACACUGUUUCACGGUGGAUGACCAGUCACACUCCAUCAAGGUCAACGUGGGAGGGAUAAAGCAUGACAUGGACAUAGAAGCAGUCCUAUUUCACCCCAAGUACAACAUCAGUAAGAAAAAUGCAGAAGGAAUUGCUGAAUUUUAUGACUACGACGUGGCCCUGAUCAAGCUCAAGAACAAACUGAAGUUUACUGAGACUCUCAGGCCCAUCUGUCUCCCUUGCACCAAGGGGACAAAUCAAGCUUUGAGGCUUCCGCUGUCAACCACUUGCCAGCAGCAGAUGCAAGAGCUGCUCCCUGCAAAGGAUAUCAAAGCUCUGUUUGUGUCUGAGUUGGUCAAGGAUGGGAGGAAGAGGCUGACUCGGAAGGAGGUCUACAUCAAGAAUGGGGAUAGGAAAGAUGCAUGUGAGAGAGAUGCUCAAAAGGCCCCAGGCUAUGAGAAAGUCCAGGACAUCCACAAGGUGGUCACCCCCAGGUUCCUUUGCACUGGAGGGGUGAACCCCUAUGCUGAUCCCAACACUUGCAAAGGUGAUUCCGGUGGUCCCCUGAUUAUUCACAAGAGGAGCCGCUUCAUUCAAGUUGGUGUGAUCAGCUGGGGUGUAGUGGAUGUCUGCAAAGACAAGCGGUUGCAGCACCAGGUACCUGCUCACGCCCGAGACUUUCACAUCAACCUCUUCCAAGUGCUCCCCUGGCUCAAGGAGAAACUCCAAAAUGAGGAUCUGGAAUUUCUAUGAGGGGUUUCCUGCUGGAAAGGGGCAUGUGAUCAAAUUAAAACAGCUCUGAC